AUGCCCGUUCCAGUCAAUCUCUCUUCACAGUCGCUCCAAAUGGCGCGUUCCCUUUUGCAGAGAGGGUGGUUACAAAUUACUUUGGAGAGCUUUCCUAUGGUGAUAGUGAUGCUGAUUGCGUUUCUAGGCAACGCAUUGGUUUUAUGGGCAGUCAAACGAAAUCCACGCUUGCGCACCACGCCAAAUUACUACAUUACGGCCUUGGCUUUGACCGAUGUGCUCAUGUCAUUCCUCGUUAUGCCGCUGUCCUUAAGCGUUUUGAUCGCGGGUCGCUGGCCUUACAGCGAAGCGUCAUGUUCGUAUCACGGUUACACUGCUACAACGCUAGGAUCAGCGUCGCUUUUCAUUCUGACUUUAACUUCUGUAAAUCGUUAUUUCAAAGUUGUACGGCCUAACCUAUACAGAAAGUAUUUCAAAGUGAAACCAGUGUUGACUUCUUUGUCACUCGCCUGGCUAGCCGCCUUCGUCUGGCCAAUUUACUUCCUGUUGAAAGGAAACUUCCGCUACCAUCCGGGAAAGUUCUGUUGCAUUUAUGACCUCGAUGACGUCAGUGUUGCAGAGGGGCUCGCCUUGAAUAUGACAUUCGCCUUGUUUACGUUUAGCAUAAUCUCUUCCAGUUAUUUCAGGAUAUUUCUAACAAUUCGGAAGCACAAAGCUAAUCUGAAUAACAGACCCAAUAAUUCUCCAAGGAUUUCUGCCAAAGAUCUAAACGUUACAAGACUUCUGUUCAUUGUUGUUGUCUUUUACGUUUUGUGUUGGCUUCCAGUGUUGAUUGUUGACACUACAGAGUUGUUUACUGGAAAGUACAGUUUCCCUCGUCAAGUCUACCAGCUAUAUUCAUACAUGGUUGGCGUCAACAGCGCUGUGAAUCCUGUCGUUUAUGCGUUUUUCAACCGCGAGUUUAAAACGGAGUUUAACAGGAUUGUUAGGUUAGGCAACAGGAAAAACAAUGUAAUACUGCCACGUUGAGCGAAAGUACCCAACCCAGAACUAAAGAAACUAAGAUGUCAGAUAAAAAAUAAUCAGCCUCGGCCUCGAUCUUUGAA